AAUGCCCAAAGGCUGGGGUUCAGAAAGUGCAAGGCAUCUUCAGGAAUGAAUUGUGCCCCGAUGUUACGCUCGGCGCCUCCCGAUCCUGCGCCUUAGAUGUCUCAUUUGGAAGUAGACUAAACCAAUGUCCCAUGUCUUGGUUCAUGAAGCCUGUAUAUAUGCUGUCCAAGUGCAGCAGACUCAUUCGAGUCUUUUUUCCCACUCUCUUUCAGUUAGCUUCGCAUUGACCUCGCUCCGUCUGUAUCCGAAGUCAGUUCCUUCACGCUGGAUUCAGUAGCUCCCUGAAAGAUGGUUCUCCGCCCCAGUGUAAAAGAGCUUGCGGUUGGACUUAUUCUUUUCUGCCGAGGCGUAUACCCACAAAGUCAAGUUACGUGGAUGAAUCCUUCGCUCGGCAGUACGUACACUGCAUCAAGUAUGCUUAAUGUCUCAUGGACUGUCUCGAAGGAGGUUGUCUCGCCUUCGUUCAAGCUCUGCGCCAAACCCGCGACAAGCACUUCAUUGUCAAGUGGCCGUCGAUCAACACAAGCUAAGCGUUGGCCAAAAAAUCGAGACACGUAUAAGGAUAGCGGAGACGACCAAUCGCCUGUAUCCUGGUUGGGGGAUCAACCUGACGAACCAACCCCGUCCUCUGGCUUGAACUCUACUACUUCCUCCAGUAAUUGUGGUGCAAGCGUAUGGCCAACUGUGCGCGAGGACAAUGCAGAAGACCAGUACAGUGCCUCGUUAUCUAUCCCAGAGUUAUCUGCUUCGGGCAUCUUUUACCUCCUCAUGCAGUCUGAUUUUGGAGAUUUGUAUCGGAGUCCUACUUUCCAAGUCCUGUCAAACCUUGAUGCGGGUCUUGCUCAGAGUGGACCUGCACUCGCAUCGACUAACGCAAUAACCAGCACUCUAGAUGACGCCUCAACCGCCUCUGUCCUACAGACUCUGUCUACCCUAUCUACCAGCGCCCCUCUCGAAGGAUCCACAGGCAUCCUUCCAUCCCGUCUCACUGGAAAGAUAACGGGUACUCCAAUUCUUCAACCCAUCGGUCCUCUCUCCCCCUCUUUUUCCGUAAGCGGCGCUGCGAUCUCAGGCCCACCGUCUAGCGUAGUUUCCCCGACAUCUCCCCAGAUGGUAGUCGAUGCUACCUCCAGGCAGUCAAAAGCUGUCGCUGCUGCCGUAGGCAUUCCUCUUUCCAUUAUGGCUGCCGCAGCUUCCUUGGGUGCUGUGGUUUGCGUCUGGUCCAGGAAAAAAAAGGAGAGACGAUUCCAUGGACAAGAAGAGAAAUUGGCAAACAUUCCUUCCAGUUAUACCAGCGAUUCUAUCCAGAAACUUACGGAGACAGGGCCCGUUUCGUCCUCUGAAAUGGAAAAGGGUUCCGCAGCCUCGAUCACCAGCCAACGGAGCCAACAACUAGAUCAUCUGGAGUUGCCUCAAUUACCCGCGGUGCAAACAGUUCCCGCUAGUGUUUCCAGCCAUGGAACUACUUGGGAACAGCUUUCCCGGGCUGGUGGUGGCAAUCACGCAACUAUUCGGCCUCCGAUAUAUGCUCAGCCAGUGAUGACUUCAUCAUACAUGCCCGUUCAAUCAUAUCCGUACCAUCAGCAACCAACCUUUAUUCCCCAUCAAGGGACUCUGUUCUCACCCGGUGUGGAUCCGGCCUCUGUUCUAGUUCCUCAGCAUAUUGCUGUUCCGCAGCAAUACUAUGACCCUGGAGUCUACACCAACCCUGUCCCGCGUCCGUCACUAACCCAUCUCAAUCUAAAGAGUAAACUGCCUCAGCAUGUCGGCCAGCCUUACGCAACCAUAUCUCGGGAAAGCUCGCUAUCUUCAUCUAGUUCCUUACCAUAUGUUCUCCGCCCUGGGAUAAGGUCCUGGACAUCGCAUGGCUCGGAUGGAUCUCUGGAUCUCCCGACGCCUCCCAUCAUUGAGAAUGAUGCAAGUCGUUCUUCUAACCAAGCUACCCUCAACUCGUACAUGGACGUUCCGACGGAGUCACCGAGGGGAGCGUCCACCGAGACAAAACCUCUUCCGAGAGUGCCGGUCAAUUAUGCAACGCGACCUGCAAGGCGAUGAACGCUUGUUCCCUUGUCUCGUCCUCUGGCUGUCUUAUAUUUUGGGAUCUUCGAUUCUUUUGUUUUUCGUAUCACUUUUUUUCAGUGACAUACCCCAGACCAUGUCACCACUCCCCAACUGUUAUGAUGAAUAUGAUUUUCGUUCGUUCUCGAUUGAAGAAUAUGGUCGCCAGUGCUCUUUUGGGC